AUGUCGACCCCACCCGUGAAGAAAGACUGGUCAGCAGCCCAAUAUCUCAAAUUCGGCAACGAACGCACUCGCCCUGUCUACGAUCUCAUCUCGCAGGUAGCCCCUCAUAUCACUACCCCGAGUCCACGCAUCUACGAUCUCGGCUGUGGCCCGGGCAACUCGACCAAAGUCCUGCUCGAUGCUUUCCCUGGAGCCAGCAUCACGGGCAUGGACUCUAGUCCGGACAUGUUGUCCAAGGCCUCCGCCUCGCUCCCAGACACCGAAUUCAUCCAGGGCGACUUGGCGACUUUUGCCCCAAAGCAGGGCGAGCACGUAGAUCUGUACUUCAGCAAUGCGGUGUUUCACUGGCUGCGCAGCCCAACGCGCAUCGCGACGCUCCUGCGGCUGUUCCGCACCCUCACGCCGGGCGGUGUGCUCGCCAUCCAGGUCCCGGAUAACUACGACGAGCUCAGCCACAGUGCGAUGCGCGACGUGGCGCGGCAGCGCGGCGCACUGUGGACCCCGUUCUUCGAGGACACCAAGGUCGGCAACCUCGAAGACAAGGGCAGGCCGGAUCUGGAUCCCAUAGAGCCUGUGCGGGAGUUCUACAACGCGCUGGCGCCGCAUGCAGAGCUGGUGGAUAUUUGGGCCACCAAGUAUUCACAUGUGCUCCAGGACGCACCGGCGAUAGUGGAGUGGGUCAAGGGAACAGGGCUGCAGCCGUAUCUGCUGAGGAUGGAAGCUGAGGACGUGAAGAGGUCGUUCUUGCAGGCGUACGAGGACCGUUUGAAGGAGGCGUAUCCCGCGACGGUAGACGGGAAAGUGCUGCUUGGCUAUCCAAGACUGUUUUUGCUCGCAGUCAGGAAAUAG